GAGAAAAGUUGAGAAUCAUUUUGCUUUAGACCAAUUAAGUGUCCUUUGCGGUUGGAUUCACGAUGUUUCGAAAAUUAACUUUAUUUAUAAGUAAAAUCAUUUUGAAGCAGCUUUAUUAAGAGCAAUGCACGAGCACAGUGGCUAAACCCUUAACCAUUUAAAUUAAGGAGUUUAGUAAUUAGUAAACGAUUUAUGCCCUGAGUCAUUGGUAUUCAAGCUUAGUUCAGCAGCAUCAAGGAAUGGAUCAUGUUUUCGUACAAACCAAAGCCGCAAUUGCUGCUGAGUCCGAGUGGUCUAAAACGUUGCAUGCACCCAUCUUCAGCUUCAGCUUCAGCCACCACCAACUCAUUCAAUGCCAUUAUCAACCACCAUUCAUCCCAUGGUGCUCACCGUCAAGUUCUUGCAACCUAUGCCUCUAUGCUCAAAACCCAUGUCCCUUCUGACGCUUACACCUUCCCCAGUCUUCUCAAAGCUUGUUCUUUUCUUAACCUCUUUUCCCUCGGUCUUUCCCUCCAUCAACGCAUCCUCGUUAAUGGGUUGUCCCUUGAUGCUUACAUUGCGUCUUCUUUGAUCAAUUUCUAUGCCAAAUUUGGGUUCCCUGAUACUGCUCGAAAAGUGUUCGACUUUAUGCCAACUAGAAACGUUGUACCUUGGACUACCAUUAUUGGGUGCUACUCGCGCUUGGGUCAUGUUCCUGAGGCCUUUUCUAUGUUUGAUGAAAUGCGUCGCCAGGGGAUUCAACCCAGUAGCGUAACCGUGUUGAGCUUGCUGUUUGGAGUCUCGGAGCUUGCUCAUGUGCAGUCUUUGCAUGGUUGUGCAAUUUUCUAUGGAUUUAUGUCUGAUAUUAACUUGUCAAAUUCCAUGCUGAAUGUGUAUGGGAAAUGUGGAAAAGUUGAGGAUUCUAGGAAAUUGUUUGAUUACAUGGAUCAAAGGGACCGGGUUUCGUGGAAUUCGUUGAUCUCGACCUGUGCCCAGAUUGGGGAACUAUGUGAAGUUUUGCUACUUCUCAAGGCAAUGAGGUUACAAGGUUUUGAGCCUGGCCCACAGACUUUUGGGUCUGUUUUGUCUGUGGCUGCAUCAAGGGGUGAGUUGAAAUUGGGAAAGUGCUUCCAUGGGCAGAUUUUGAGAGCUGGUUUUGACUUGGAUGCACAAGUUGAAACAUCAUUGAUUGUGUUGUACUUAAAAGGUGGGAACAUUGACAUUGCAUUUAGAAUGUUUGAAGGGAGUUCGGAUAAGGAUGUGGUUUUGUGGACAGCAAUGAUAUCAGGCCUUGUGCAGAAUGGAUCUGCAGACAAAGCACUAGCUGUUUUCCGACAGAUGUUAAAAUUUGGAAUGAAGCCGUCUACUGCUACCAUGGUCAGUGUAAUCACAGCUUGUGCACAACUUGGAGGUUUUAAUUUGGGGACAUCGAUCCAUGGAUAUAUAUUAAGGCAGGAAUUACCAUUGGAUAUUGCUACUCAGAACUCUCUUGUUACCAUGUAUGCAAAGUGUGCUCACUUGAAUCAAAGUUCCAUUGUAUUUAAUAAGAUGGACAAAAGGGAUUUGGUUUCAUGGAAUGCAAUAGUUACUGGAUAUGCACAAAAUGGCUAUGUUUGUAAGGCCUUGUUUCUUUUUAAUGAAAUGAGAACUGAUCAUCAAACACCUAAUUCAAUAACUACUGUCUCCCUCCUACAAGGGUGUGCAUCCACAGGACAACUCCACUUGGGAAAAUGGAUCCACAGCUUUGUGAUAAGAAAUGGCCUUAGGCCAUGCAUCUUGGUUGACACUUCAUUAGUAGACAUGUACUGCAAAUGUGGUAAUUUGGAUACUGCCCAAAGGUGUUUCAACCAGAUGACAAGUCAUGAUUUGGUCUCAUGGAGUGCCAUAAUUGCAGGAUAUGGUUAUCAUGGCAAAGGGGAGACUGCAUUGAGGUUAUACUCAGAGUUCCUGGAAAGUGGGAUGAAACCCAACCAUGUGAUUUUCCUCUCAGUUCUAUCUUCUUGUAGUCAUAAUGGACUUGUAGAGCAGGGUCUGAACAUCUAUGAAUCAAUGACCAAAGAUUUUGGGAUUGCACCAAAUCUUGAACACCAUGCUUGUUUAGUGGAUCUCCUUAGUCGUGCUGGGAGGGUAGAGGAGGCAUAUAACUUGUACAAGAAAAAGUUCUCAGAUCCUGUACUUGAUGUUUUAGGCAUAAUCCUUGAUGCUUGUCGAGCAAAUGGUAAUAAUGAACUUGGCGAUACAAUUGCCAAUGAUGUUCUCAUGCUGAGGCCUAUGAAUGCUGGAAACUACGUACAAUUAGCACACAGCUAUGCUUCAAUUAACAAGUGGGAAGAAGUGGGUGAGACAUGGACCCAUAUGAGAUCUCUUGGCUUGAAAAAAAUUCCUGGCUGGAGCUUUAUUGACAUACAUGGAACAAUCACUACAUUUUUCACAGAUCAUAACUCACAUCCCCAGUUUCAAGAAAUAGUUUGUACACUAAAAGUUUUGAGAAAGGAAAUGAUCAAAAAGGAGGAAGUGGUCAUUAACCUUGAAAUAUCACAAUAACAUAUGCUGAAAUGGUAAAUAGGAGCGUUUCCAAACCUGACCGGCACUCAUGAAGGGUCCUGAAGCCGCCGCAAUGGUUUUGGAUUUCCAUCAGAGAUUUUGACCCAUCACUUUAUUUUCUUUUUCUUUUUUUGGUUGAAAUGGCGUCGGAUUUCUAUCCAAGUCUUGUAUACAUUGGGCAGAUCACUUACCAUGAAGAAAAACAUUCAUGCAAUCUUGCGAGUAGUUUUUAGCAACAAUUUUAGUAUGAAAAAGGGGUUGCUCGAGACGAAAAUGAAUAUAUUCAACCUUAUACCUACUUAGAAAGAAAGAAGCCGUUCUUGAGUUUUGAAUCCAUAACCUUCAAAUCCCAAGCCAAUAACCUUAUUGUUGUAUCAACUCUCAACACCUUUCGUU